CACGCCGAUAGCCAUUCCACCUGUGAGCUUAGAAGAGGGGGAGGACGUAUGUCGUACAAGCAGGUACAUGCACGCCUAUGCACGCCUAUGCCCCCAUCUACCGUUCGUACAAUGUAUUCUCUCAUUGCAGCGAGGUCCUCUCUAUCAGGUGCCAUUCUCUCUUCAAGCGAGGACAAUAAGCAAAACAUAUAUAAUGUUCGCAGAUGUUCCGUCCCAUAAGGCGGCUGCAUCGGCGACUGAAGGAGUUCGACAGCUACCUGUACAUGACCAAGAAGCUGGAGGUACCCAUGCACAGGAUAUCAUACAGGCCUGUGUCGCUCCUGCAUUCUUAUCCUUUGUGUAUCUCCUGUAGUAUUACAAAUGGGCAUUCCUGUCAGUGACUCACAAAAAGGCAACAGAGAGGCCAUGAGCACCGACAAGCACUGUGUGCGUAUGUUGUCAGGAACCACCCGAGCAUGGUUCGUUUCCGUGAGUCGGUCAAGUUCGCCGAGCAGAUGUCGCGUCGCAACACAGAGGAGGUCGGCGGGCGGGCCAGUCAGGCCAUCGACGGCCUCCGCGAGCGGCUCUCGCGCCAGCCCUUCUGGGAGUGGUUCAACGAGUGGACCAAGGACAUCGCCGGCAACAACCGCAAGUUCAUCAUCCGCCAUUAUGUCCGGGCCGCAAGGGUGCUCGAGCGGUACCACCCCUACCGCAAUGCAACGGUCGCACAAGUGACCAAUGCCGUCAAGGAGAGCGAUGUGGGAAGGUUUAUAAGGAGUUACUGGCGGAGCAUCCCCUACCCAAUGACCUACUCUCUCAUUGCGGUCAACGGGGCGAUAUUUCUGAUCUGGUGCAUACAUAGAGCCCGGGAACGACAAGAUAUUAAAGCUUUCUGUCUGCCCACGUAGGUCUCUGGCGCGUGAGGGAAGAUACUGGGAGAGGGCAGAGAUGGUAGGAUGAGCCAGACAAUGACACACCCCACAAGGCGUUUGCGUGGUGUAGAUCUGUGUUGGUCGGUGUGCGUCGUGUUGUGUCGUGUCAGUACAUGUCCCCCACUUUCAUCAGCUUGGCUUUCAUGUGGAGGUCAGCUGAACAGCACAAAUCCCAACAGAACGCACAGGCAGUACGGGUGGAUGUGUGGAUCUGUAUGUGUACAUCAGGCACUUUAGUCUGUCAUGGGACAAGCUGCGUCGUGGCUACUGGCACACGUUGAUCCUGUGCAACUUCUCACACAAUCAUCUCACACACGCCCUAUUCAACGGCGUCACACUCUUCUUCUUCGGAAGGUAGGGAGUGGACGGGCGCACACGGCAGGAAGGAACCUCACUGAGAAAGAGAAUCUGCCUGUCUUGUGUUGCAGGAUGCUCGAGUCAGAGCUGGGUGGGAAACAGCUGUUUGCUAUCUAUAUGGUACACACAGCACUGCACAGCCAAUGCAGUCAGUCAGUGAGCCAAGUCUCUGGAGGCCGAUGGUCUGAACGAGUUUCUUGCUGUUCUUGCCGUGUGCGUUCUUCACCCAGCUGUGUGGCAUGGUGGGCAGCCUGGUGCAGGUGGGCAGACCCAUUUAGCCAGCGCAUGUGCCUGCCAUUAAUGUGUGAUGUGACCAGGCCUACACGAUGAAGGAAGAGGACAGGGGACGGAGUCCAUGGUAAGACUCAACUGGUCAACACGCACGUGGGAGUACUCACGUUAUUUAGCUGAGAUUCUACUUAGCUUAGAUUCAUCUCUCUCCCAUGUGGGAAUGAAUGUGUGUGCUGUGCGGCUGUGCGUGACUCAGUUUGGGUGCGAGUGCGGCCAUCUACGGUUUGAUGAUGAUGGCUGUGUGCCGCAACCCGGGCAUGAAGGUGGCUCUCUACGGAGUCGUCCAGGCGCCACUGGUAGUCAAUCAGCCUACUCACCUUCAUAGAUACACGCAGACACAAGGCUUGUGCAUGUGUGCCAUGUUGAGUGUGCAGGGUCUGGUGCUGGCCCUCCUCUUCCUGUACGAGAACCUAAUCCCCCAACCAAAGGAAGGUACGCACCACGCCACGCAUCGUGCAUACUUAUGUGGCACACCGCCAAUUCGUACGUGCCGUGCCGUCAGCUGGCUCGACCGGGCAUUUCGGGGGCAUCAUCGCGGGUAGGCACUCUCCUAUCUCUCCGCCAACAAACGUACACAAACGUCUCUGCAUAUCGGUACGUGUGGCGUGCAGGGGCGCUGCUGCAUUUCCUCAUCUAUCGCGUGUGAUCCCGAAGAGAUCAAUGCAUCGUCGUGGUGUGGGUGUGGUGUGGGUGGGUGGGGGACAUUGCUGUGCUGCUGUGCGGUCUUGCUGCGAAGGAAGCCCGCCAACAACACAAUGAAGUUCAGGACGGGGCUAGAGGGUCACUUCUACAGGGAGGGCCACUCCUACAGGGAGAGGCCCUCCCUGUAGGAGUGGGAGAAACAAACCUUGGUUGAUGCAGGCGAGAGGCGGCCAGAGCGGCAGCUCAACAAGCGUGUGCAGACAUCGCUGCAGCAGACAGACGCUUUUGCCCCGUAUCCAGCCGGGCAGAGGCCGCAGUAGCUAGACAUAGUCAAUACGGGUUUUCCGCUGACUACGGCCUUCACAAGCUGCGCUGCAUCGAUCUGUCGAUGGAUGGACGGAUAUACUGGCGGAUGGCAAGUGUAUGUCUGAUUUCGCCGGGCUGCGCCCUCGGCUAUUUUGUCCUGUGAUCUCGCUCCACGCCAGCCAUGUGACACAUAUUUCAUAUGUACGGUACUCGUUCAAGGCGUCGGAAUCCG